AUGAGUGAUAUCGAGGAUAAGAAAGUUGAAGCCAACGCAGAGCCUAAAAAGGAGCCAACACAAAAGGAUCCGAAGCAAAAUGAGCCAACACAAAAGACUCAGACAGCUCAGAACGAGGAAGAAGAUGAUUUGGACGACUUGUUGGAUGAGUUCGACGAAAUGGUCUUGAGCAAGCCUCCAGGUGGCGCUAGCUCGCAGACAAAAGGAGCCGUCGAUGACAGCCAGGCAACAAGCACCACCAAGAAGCCAUCUGAAGCUAAUCAGGAGGACGAUUUUCAGAUCAAUAUGGAAGAGCUUAUCAAGGAUCUCAAUAUCGAGGACCCGAAGGCAAAGGAUGAGUUCGAACAUUUGGUGAAGCAAUUCGAAAAGACGCAUAGAGCUGAUGCUAAAAAGGCUAUGGAUCCACAGAAUUUUGACAGUGUCAUGAAAGACACUAUGGAGAGAUUGAAGAAAUCAGGAGAAACUAUCGACGAGCAAUUGAAAAAUGAUCCUUCUAGCUCCAACCCUGAAGACAUGCUCACUCAGCUCUUGGCUGGCUUAGGUGGCGGAAGUGCUGAUGGAGAUUUCGACAUGUCAAAGCUUUUGACUGAUAUGCUAGAGCAGUUGUCGUCUAAGGAUGUGCUAUAUGAACCUAUCAAGGACCUCAACACUAAAUUCCCUGAUUUCUUGAAAGAACAAAAAGACAAAUUGCCCUCAGAAGAGCAUACUAGAUAUACUAAACAGUACGAAGUUACCAAUGACAUAAUGGCACUUUUUGAAAGCCCUGAAUUCGAUAAUGAUAAUACUGAAAAGAGGGAGGAAGUCAACAAGUUACUUGAGAAAUUACAAGAAUUUGGAAACCCACCAAAAGAGUUGGUCGGAGAUGUCAAUGAUUUCCCCGGUUUAGGUGAUUUGGGAGCUUUGGGAGGCGGUGGCGACGGUCUUGAUUUUGAUUCCAAAGACUUGCCAAAAGAUUUGGAGAAAGAGUUAGAGGAAGGCUGCAAGCAGCAAUAA